AUGCCGCGUGUGUCUUUCCGCGGUUUGAGUGGUUCCAGCGUUUUGAGUGCAUGCUUGGGGCUGGCCAGUCUCUUCGUCUUGAGUCUCUACGCCGUGAGUGCCGGUCUGCCUCGCAACCACCCCGUCACAGUCCGCAGACGCAUUCUUGCCAUCGUCUGCGUCUGCUCUGUCGCUCCUGCGUACUUGUGGGCGUGGUCCUCGGCCGAUGACGACGACGCGGAGCCCCUAUUGAGAAUCCUGGGCAUAAAACUGGAUGGAAUUCGGUGGGCCAUUGUCUCUCCUCUCCUCCUCGUUUCCCUCGCCUACCUCGGUCCGCUCAUACACUAUGCCACCUUGAAAGAGAACCCGUUCUCCGAACUCUUCGGCGGGGAGAGGAGGGAUAUCGAGUUACGCAAUUACGUCGUGGCGCCGUUUGCAGAGGAGUUUGUGUUCCGCGCAUGUCUAGUGCCACUCCUCACUCCUUCCCUCGGAGAGCUGUGGACUAUUCUUCUCUGCCCACUAUUUUUUGGACUCGCCCACCUACACCAUAUCGUAGAGUGGGCUCUAAAUGGGGAGGGCACCUUCACUAAUGUGCUGAUAGGGCUGCUGGUGCAAGCCGGGUACACGUCAGUGUUUGGGGCAUUCUCGGCAUUCUUGUUUGUCCGGUCGGGUCACCUCGUCAGUCCGGUUUUGGCCCACACCUACUGCAACGUUCUCGGUCUUCCUCCUCUCGCCUCCAUUCCAUCCCACUCUCGUCCCUAUACCAUUCUCGGCUUCUAUGUACUCGGACUGGUGACCUUUCUACUCUUGCUCUUUCCAAUGACAUCACCAACAUGGUUCAUCGACUAACCUCACUUUAUCAUAGUGCACAUACACUAACAUUAUUUAAUGUACUUUCUGUGUCAAUUUAACACAUGUCUACUUUGUGACUUUGUGUAUAAAUCCAUUAUUCUGAAGUGUCGUGUUUUCUUAACAAAACUGCACAAUAAAAAUUCACCACACAAAUUACGAACCACUCAAAAUCACCACUCUUUUGCUCUUUCAGUUUCAGGCACACUGGCCCUACGUCUGUCGACUGAUGGUGUCGAAACGAUGUGCUCUGCACAGGGGAAACAGUCUUGGUCGGAGAAGUCGUAGUUCAUAAAGUCGUCGAGGAUGGGCGUGGCUUGCGAGGUGGAGGACGAGUUGGAGGGAGGGGGUGUGAGGAGGGAGGUGGGAGUUAUGGGAGGAGGGGGAGAUCGGGGAGCUGCUUGUGCCUGAGAGAGGGAAGGAAUCUAAUGAGAGGGCUUUGACAAAGAGUUGGUUAUGUAGCAGUGUAAAACUGUGUUCAUGUGAGGUAUAAUAGUGCGGUAUAUAGGAGACCUGGACAAUGGAGGAAGUGGUAGCAAUGGUGGCAGAGGCUGGGUUGAUACCCAGCGAUGCCAGGAGCUGGUUAGUCUCAGAGGUGAUGGUCUCCGUAGCCAUCGAGGAGGAGGUCCUCAAGUCACCUGACAAACAGCAGGGAAUCACAUGACAAUAGAACGGAUUGGAGCACAUUAUCAGAAAGGACACACUGAAACUUGCUGUG